ACAAUCAUUUUAAUAUAUAGUCAAUGGCUCUUUGUAGCCAGAACAAAAAAGAACUAUCCGCAGUUUUUCAAUAGACUUUGAGCUGGGGAAAGACAGGUUAAUCGAGGGUUGCAUCUAGAAAACAACCAAGUGUUGUAUGUUUGCACUGAAUCCAAAUGUCUGCAUUUUUCUAACUAAAUCAAAGGGAGUGUUAUUUCUUUUUCUGCUCACUCAUCUGAAGGUAAGUAAAUUUUCUCUGGCGAUCAAAAGCCUGGUCAGCAACAAAGACACCGCCUGCUUUUUCCACCGUCCUGGUGUGGCAAGUUGAGGAAUUUCAAUAACUGUGACAAGGGUGACUGAUUUGUGAACUAGAAAAGGUUUGAAUGUCAGAAAAUUUACAUUGCUCCUAUCGAGGAUUUUAAAUAAAUUUUUACAAAAAAAAAAAAAAAAGGUGGGGGGGCCCCGGGGGAGAAGUAUCCAGGAGUUUCAUGCAGCAGGAGGACAAACAAUGUAGGUUUGGGAAAUUUACAGUUUUACCUGAAUGAAAGAGACUCCGUAAAAACAGAGAGCGAGAGAAAGGGAGAGCGAGAAAGAAAGGAGAAGGAAAAUAACAAAAAGAGGCGAAACAACAACAACAAAAGUAGAAAGUUAAGAGUUCUCACCCACCUGCGUUUUGAUGGGUGCAGAAAACAAGAUUUAUUUCAGAAACCUGAUGGAGGGAUAGAGUCAGCUACCCAGAGAAAUCACGCCUGGUGUUUAAAAAUAAAACCAAACGCGCCCAGCACCUACUCUCGGAGAGCUUCAGUUUUAAACAGGCGGAAAACAACAACUUCAAAAGAAGCAAGUCCCUACAGGACUUCUCUUUUCAAAGCCUAAAAAGUUGCUCGAUGAUCUUAAAAAUUCUGGAUCACCAAGAAAUCAUCAUUAUCAUCAUUAUCAGAGCGCUGGGGAGAGAGGGACAGAGAGAGGGAGAGCGGGGGAGGAAAGAACCCUAAUAAUAAUCAAAGAUUUUUUUUUUUUUCCCCUUAGCACACACACACACAAAAAGAUGCGCUGGAAAUAUUUUCGUGGAAAAAAAAAAAAAAGGGGGCUUUAUAUAUUGGGGGGAAAAAAAAAGUUGCUACUCGCGCAGCCCCGUUCGUCGGGAGGGAUGUCAGGGCGCUCACAAUACCUGCGAUUGAUGAGGCGGAGGGGCCAAUCGGCGGCGGGAGGCGGCCGUGCGCGCCCCUCGUUGGCGGGGCCGGGGGGAGUUACGCGGGGAAGGGGGAGCCGCCGCCGACCAAUGGGCGCCCACGUCCGCCCGCACGUCGCUCCGCCCCCGGCUCCCAUUCAUCAAGGGGGGGGACGGUGUCGUCUUUUCAAUUCAUUUAUCUGCAGGAAUGAUUGCCGCUAUCAGUCUCGCGUUCACCGCCCGGCUGAGGAGGUGAAAGUUUCUCCCCAGGAAGAUAAACCGCAAAAGACAAUAUUGUGCAUGAUUUGCGCCUUUUUUUGCAAAGCGAAAAAAAAAAAAAAAGGCCCCCCAAAAAAAAAAAAAUCGGGGAGAGUGUGGGGAAGCUCGAAGAGGAGAGAGAAACAAGCUCUCGGCCACUCUGCAACAUUCCUAUAGCCAAAAAAAUCACUGAAGGAAGUUUCUUUUUUGUUUUGGUUUUUUUUUUUUUUUUUUUGCUGCCCGUGUUGAUCUUUCUCCGUUAUUGUUAUUUGCAGCCAGUUUAUUUUUGAGCCCACCCAACCCCCCCCUCCCCACUUAAACCUCCCUGAAAAGUCAAAGCAGAGAGACAGUGAAUAUUUUUGGGGCACAUUUUUACUAUUAUUAUUUGCAACUGCGAAGAUCUCUUCCCCCCUUCUGCACCAGCCUCCUUUUUUUUUUUCCCUCUUCUUCCCCCCCCCUUUUUUUUUUCUUCCCCCCGCGCUGAUGCCGAAGGGGGUGUUUUUGAUGUGGUUGCUUUGGUGGUGAUCGUCGCUGACUUUCCAAAGAGGGUGUUUUCGCCGCUGCUGCUGCUGCUGCUGCUGCUGCUGCUUCUCUCCGCGUUGUGUGUGUGCGCGCGUGCUUUUUUUUUGGUUGCUGCAUCGACGCUGGGAAGAUGCUUCUGGAUGCUGGACCGCAGUAUCCCGCCAUAGGAGUCACUACCUUCGGAUCCUCCCGCCACCACUCCACGGCCGAUGUCACGGACAGAGAAGUGGGGCUGGGGAUCAACCCCUUCGCCGACGGCAUGGGCGCCUUCAAAAUCAACCCCAGCACCCACGAGCUGGCCUCGGCCGGCCAGACCGCCUUCACCUCGCAGGCGCCCGGCUACGCGGCGGCGGCCCUGGGGCACCACCACCACCCGACCCAUGUCAGCUCCUACUCCAGCGCCGCCUUCAACUCCACCCGGGACUUUCUGUUCCGCAACCGCGGCUUCGGGGAGGCGGCGGCCGCCAGCGCCCAGCACAGCCUCUUCGCCUCCGCCGCCGGCAGCUUCGCCGGACCCCACGGACACACCGAUGCCGCGGGACAUAUACUUUUCCCGGGGCUGCACGAACAAGCCACCAGCCACGCUUCGCCUAACGUGGUGAACGGGCAGAUGCGCCUGGGCUUCUCCGGGGACAUGUACGGCAGACCCGACCAGUACGGCCAGGUCACCAGCCCCCGCUCCGAGCACUACGCCUCGACCCAGCUGCACGGCUACGGCCACAUGAACAUGAACAUGGCAGCCCACCACGGGGCAGGGGCCUUCUUUCGUUACAUGCGGCAGCCCAUCAAACAGGAACUCAUCUGUAAGUGGAUUGAGCCCGAGCAAUUGUCAAACCCCAAAAAGUCCUGCAACAAAACUUUCAGCACGAUGCACGAGCUGGUGACUCAUGUCACGGUGGAACACGUUGGAGGACCCGAGCAGUCCAAUCACAUAUGUUUCUGGGAAGAGUGCCCGAGAGAAGGGAAACCUUUCAAGGCCAAAUAUAAACUUGUAAAUCACAUCAGAGUCCACACAGGUGAAAAACCUUUCCCCUGCCCUUUCCCAGGCUGUGGCAAAGUGUUUGCCAGAUCAGAGAAUCUCAAAAUACACAAAAGAACUCAUACAGGUGAAAAACCAUUUAAGUGUGAAUUCGAGGGCUGUGACAGGCGCUUUGCAAACAGCAGCGACCGCAAAAAGCACAUGCAUGUGCACACUUCCGACAAGCCCUAUCUCUGCAAAAUGUGUGACAAGUCCUACACGCACCCCAGCUCCCUCAGAAAGCACAUGAAGGUCCAUGAAUCAUCCUCGCAGGGGUCCCAGCCUUCUCCCGCCGCCAGCUCAGGCUACGAGUCCUCCACCCCUCCAACCAUCGUGUCUCCGUCCACAGAAAACCAGACCGCCAGCUCCUUAUCCCCUUCCUCCUCCGCAGUCCACCACACGUCCAGCCACAGCACGCUUACAUCAAAUUUUAACGAAUGGUACGUCUAAAACGCUAAAACAAAACAACAAAAAAACACAGAACGAAACAAAACAAAAAAGCCCCAAGCGAGCAAACAAAUACCCUAUUUAAAGACUCCAAAAAUAAUGAACACUUUGAAAUCAGAAUUUAAAUGAGCAAACAAAAACAAAAUGCUGCCAGUAGACCCAGGACUGAGUAAAAUGAAGACUUCGUUUAAAAAAAAAUUUUUUCCUCUUUAUUUCUUUUUUUCCUUUUCCUUUCCUUUUAUUUUUCCUUAUUCUUUUUUUCCUUUCUUUUUUUUUUUCUGUGUUUUUUUUUUGUUUUUUUUUUUUUGACUGCUCUGCUCUGUUCAAGGCUUGGUAGGCGAAGGGGUGAGUAGAAUGCAUAAGAAGACAAGGUUACCAGGGCAAAUGCCAACUGUGUAGGGCUUUACUGGAAACCACUGAUUAGAGAUCUCCAACUGCAUGUCUGCUCGGGCAGCGGCCUUCCCCCCCAUCCCCUCUUGUAAAUACAGAAUUAUUAGCUUCAAAAACAAAACAACAAAAAAAUGUACUGUUUGAUUUUGUAAAUAGUUAUAUCGCAAGUUGAAUAAGGGGAUAUGUGGAUUUGUGGUCUUUGCAUAUAUG